AUGCUGUUUUCAGAACAAACAGAGCUUGCCAAAAAAUGUAUAAGUGCGGUAUGCAACAAAAUGAAAGAAGUUGAAGCUGAGUUGAACGGACUUGAUGGCGCAGCUGGUGACGGAGAUUGUGGUUCGACUUUCGUCCACGCCGCAAAAGCGAUUGAUGAACGGAUGAAGAAUGCAGAAGUGAAGAGUGCCCAACAACUUCUACACGAUCUCUCCGAAGUCUUCGAACAAGAAGUAGGAGGCACGGGUGGAGCGCUCUACGCUCUGAUGCUUAGCACUGCUUCUGAAUCCUUCGCAACUUCAAUAACGUCUAAGGAAUUUGCCGAUGCACUUACACGAGCAUCUGAAGCCGUACAAAAAUAUGGCGGAGCCAAGCCUGGAGAUCGAACUUUGGUAAUUCGACUCAGAGUGGAUGUAUUUGAUAGCAGCAAAUUACCUUUAAUCCUCUGCUACCAGGUCGAUUCAAUCCACGCUGCUGUCGAAAAAAUCAAAAGUGGUGAAAGCAACUGGGAUGUUAUACUUGAGGCAAGCACCAAGGCAGCUCAGUCUACAGCACAAAUGAAAGCACGAGCAGGAAGAGCCAGCUACACCGCGAAAGAGGUUCAAACCCGACCGGACGCAGGAGCAGUGGCUAUCGCAUAUUUCAUGCACGCGAUAUGGGACACUAUUAAACGUGGACACUAA